AUGGACGACAUGCUUGAGGAAAAUACAGUCUAUAAUGGAUUCUCUGAAAAUGAACUCCUUGACAUCAUCUAUAAUACAUGUAAUAGCUACAACAAAGGAGAGGUGGUGGCCUCCACCAUAGUAAAAUACCUGGAGACUCUGACAGCCCAGAGCACAGGACAGGACAGACUAGUUGCCCUGCGACUGCUGUUUGAUCCCGAUCAUCGGGACCCACAUGUUAGCAGAGAGACUUUUCACUCCACUAUAAGAGAGUGGAUCACCCAGAGCAGCCAGGAGAGUGAAGGGCACGACCUGUCAAAUGCAGUGGCUCAACUAAAGCAUGCCCAUCAUCAGCUAAGAGAGAAGAACAGCAGCCUGUUGAGGACUAUGGCUCAGUGUGAAGAUGCAAACCUGCAGCUCAGUUUUGAGAUCAGUGAGCUGCAAGGAAAGCUGGUCAGAGCUGAGCGGUCAGCAGUCAGAGCCAGAUCCCUGAGUGAAGAUCUGGAGGAGACUCGGCUGGUGUUGACAGAGGCUCAGGAGAAAAACAGUCGCACUCAGAACAGCCUCACCAAACUGGUACACCAAACCAAUGAAAAGUUCACACUUGAAAGGACAUGUGCUGAAGAAGGCCUCCAGAAGCUGAGGAAGGUCAACACUGAGUUGAAGAGUGAACUUGAAGAGACCUUGAUCAUGUUGACGCUGAGAGACAGAGAGAUAAAAAAGCAGCAUCACAAAGCUCAGGGAAUCAUCCACAGGGUCAAGGGCACAGAAAAUACUCAUUACCUGCACAAGAAAUAUCCUGUGAAGGUGAAUAAGCAGACUCUGCUGCUGUUCAGGAAAGGCCUUUUCCUUACUGCCAUCAGCAACAGGCAAGCUCCACACCGCAGCUUCUCAAUGUGUACGCUUCAGGAGCUGGAGCUGCGUAAAUGUGUGAGGGAGGAGAAAGGAGACGAGCUGGAAGAGCGGAAGAGGGACUGGGAGACAGAGACUGGGUGUCAGACUCAAAUCCAGGUGGCCAAUAAGGUGGCUGCGGCAAACUGGUGUAGAGCCCUCAUUGUGGAGGGGGCAAAGGCCCGUGCAAAAGAAGUCACAGCAAUCCAUGAGCUCUCUGAGACCCAAACAGAGCUCCUGCAAGCACGCAAGAGCGUCGGUGACAUGAGCAAGCAGGUCGGCCACCUGCCAGCCUCUCCAAGAACUCAGCAAGUGUCUAGUGACUCUAAACAAGCAAGUUCAGGUCAUCACCGUGACCAGGAGGAGGACGCAGGGAGGAAGGAAGCAGAGUCAUCAGGGGAGAAGGUGGUUAGCGACCAAAGGGAUGCAUCAGCGUCCACUGAGCCCGAGGAUUUCACAGCCUCAGAGCGAGAGCAAACCCAGAUGACUGCAGAUGGGCUUCUGGCCACGCUCAGGAGGAUGGAGGCAAUGGUCAGCAGCGCCCUGGAGACAGCCAAGCUGGUGAGGCAGGGCGAGCAGAGGGUGUGCCAUGUGAAAGAGAAAAUGGACAGCAUUGGCCAGAGGGCGGAGGAGGCUCUGGGGCAGGCAGCUGACAGCGAUAAACAGCCCAACACUCCGGAGGCCGUGUUCACCCAGAGAGCCCAAACUCAGCCGCGAGAAGUCAAUCUGAGAGGAGAGAUUGGCCCGAGUGUGUGUUUCUCCACAGCACAGCAGCUACGAACUCAGUACCAACAGGAGGAGAAACCUUUACUGCCGGGGUUACUUCUUGACACCAGGUGGUCUUACAACGCCCUCAGCGAUAAAAGGGGACCUUUUAUCUUCCCCCUAACCCGCUCCCGGCCUUCACUGCCACACAUCAUGCCCACACUACCUGAGGAGGAAGAGGACUCUCCUGAGGAACUGGACAGUCUCGCCAGCUCCCCAAUAACUUUAGCACCAGGGGAAAGCCGAGCCGUUGUCAUGACCGCUCCCACCAUCGUCUACCCGCAGCAAGCAAUUUUUGUCCAACAAGAUGGGCGUCCUCUGGAGCAGACCAGGCCACACAGUCCCAGAGCUCGCCUGGCAAGAAACUGCUCGGGGGGACCCAUCACUACAGUCGACAGCACAGGUAAUGUGAUCGACCUGGUGAAAGACCAGCUGCCAGAGCUGCAGCUGUCAGAGGAGGAUCGCCAGAAGAACCUGGAACUGUUGGAACAGGCCAAGAUGGUCAGCGACCGCUUCCUCACGCGACGAGGACGCAGAUCCAUGAGCAGCCUCACCGACUCACCCACCGGUGGUGUGCCUUUCUCCAGCUCUGACACCGUCAUCUUCACCAUGUUCAUCCAGAAGCAGCUCACUGAUUGUGGCCCCUCACCCUGGUCUGUACUUCUCUCUAUAGUAUCCUCAGAGAUGACACAAAUCAGCACACAGUCGACUAAUCAGCAUCUGGAGGUGCCUUCAGUGAGUGAGCAGCCUGAUUUAACCAACAAGGAUCAGGAGGACCAGAUCUUUGUGAACUGGAAGUCUGCAGAGAAAAGGAAAGUGUCUUCUGGGACUCUAAAGCCUCGAUUUGCUGUGCAGAAGGAGAACUGUGAUCCUGCCAGGCCUAAGAGUCCCUCGUCAGUUAGUAAAGCAGAAGAGGCUGCAGGUCGAAACCCAAAUCUGGCCCCAGCCACAGGGGUGGCCAAGCCCGUGCCCAGACCUCCUACUCAGCAGGCCCCCUGCACGGCAGAGAUUAAGACAAUUGGAGCAUUUCCUCCCCUAAUGAGAGCAGUUUCCUGGGAUGCAGUAGGCAGCCUUAAUUCAAGAAGUGGAGCCCCAAGUUUCCCUCUUGCAGUUGAGGAUACUUUCUCAGAUAAACCAAGAGAUGUUGCAUAUAAGUCUUUAGCGUAUAAGGAUUUCCCCACCCAUCCGGGAAGUGUGCAGAAACUAUCUAAACUCAGAGAGGAGCACAAGCUGAUUCGCAACCAAAGCACUGCAGGAUCCAAGUUACCAGACUUAAGUGAAGCUGCAGAACAGGAAAAAGGAGCUUUACCCUCUGUGAAGUCAGCCAGUGGUGAAGAAACGAGGGAGAAGUCUGACGCCAUGCCAAACAUUUCAGACGUGAUGCUGAGAAAACUCAAACUUCAUCGUGGUCUGCCGGGCUGUGCACCUCCACUCACUGAAAAAGAAGUUGAGAAUGCGUUUGUCCAGCUGUCCCUGGCAUUUCGUAAUGACAACUACACUCUGGAAACACGAAUCAAACAGGCUGAGAGGGAGAGGAACCUGACCGAGGAAGACACGGAGAAAGAACUUGAAGAGUUCAAAGGAUCCCUGAAGAUGACCGCUCCACAGUGGCAGAACCUGGAGCAACGUGAAGUCUACCAGCGCCUCAUAGAGACAGUGGCAGUGCUGCACCGACUGGCCACUCGACUCUCCAGCAGAGCGGAGAUAGUUGGUGCUGUUCGACAGGAGAAACGCAUGAACAAGGCUACUGAGGUAAUGAUGCAAUAUGUGGAAAACCUGAAGAGGACGUAUGAGAAGGAUCAUGCAGAGCUGAUGGAGUUUAAGAAGCUGGCUAACCAGAAUUCAAAUCGCUGCUAUGGAGGCUCGGGAGACACCGGAGAUGACGGAGUUCCACGACCGUCAAGAUCUAUGUCUCUCACCCUUGGAAAGGCCUUGCCCAGGCGGAGGGUGAGCGUAGCCGUGGUGCCUAAGUUCAACUUGCUCAACAUCCCCGGGCAGACCCCGGUCACUGCCGGCCCGGGCCCCAAUGCUGGACCCGCAACGGGCGCUGCUCUUCCUGUUCUGUGUGAAGCAAACGACGUGAAAGGCAGCCCCUCGCCAGAAGCAGCGCAGCCAGCAGCAGAUUGUGGAAAGAGUGUGACGGAGCAGGAAAGUGAGCCAGCCAAGCCUUCAAUAAACCUGGAGGAGAUUAGAGCGGAGAUCAAGGCAAAGCUUGAGGAGGAAGCGUACAAUAGAGGCUACCAAGAAGGACUAAAGCAAAGCAAGGCCCUCGUGGAAGAGAGCUGUGAGGAGGAGAGCGUUGCAGAGAAACUGCUCCUGUCGAGAAAUAAGGAUGAGGAGAGUGGAAAGAGGCAUGAGGGCAGCAGGAGGAUCGAGGAGGUCCUGGCUCUUCUUGCUCGGUUCUCUCCAAAGAUCUCCAUCAGCCGGCGGCUCCUUUGGAUGGCUCUGAUGUUGUUUGUGGUGAUGUGUUUGGUUCUCAGUAUUUUCACGUUCUUCAGUGACUACUACAACCGGCGCGACGGCACGUAG